GAGCUGUGUUUGCUCCAAGAGAAAGCCAAGAAGGACGGUGUUAAUAAAGAGAGAUUUAACUGAGGGCUGUGCUUGGAAUAAAGUGGACUACAAAAAGGUCAAAUUUGAUCAGUUGCAGCAGAUUACAAGGGCUUUAAAAGGUAGUGGUGAAGAAAUGAAACUGGGACUGUGAAGCAAUAUAGCACAAGAUUGAUUUUGGGGGUGGAGAGAAGCUGGGACAAGUGCUUAUCAGCUUGAGAAGGAGGAAGAGCUGUGCUGGGUUUGUUGUCAUUCCCACACUGAGUAGAGUACUUGCUGCUUUUGUGGUUAGCCUUCCCUGCCGUGGUUUUUUCUUCUUUUUCUUUUUUUUUUUUUUUCGUUUUUAAUAUACAUAUUUUAUUAUUGUUAUUCCUACAAUGGUGUCUAUAAUUUCUGACUUGGAUCCUCUGAAAAGCUGGAAAGUUUUAAGAGAGACUGCCACAGAGUUAUCUGGAACGUUACCAAGUAACGGCACAGCUAACAAGAUGAAUGGAGCUUUGGAUCAUUCAGACCAACCAGACCCAGAUGCCAUUAAGAUGUUUGUUGGACAGAUUCCCCGUUCGUGGUCAGAAAAAGAAUUAAAAGAACUUUUUGAGCCUUAUGGAGCUGUCUACCAGAUUAAUGUUCUCCGAGACAGAAGUCAGAACCCUCCCCAAAGUAAAGGUUGUUGUUUCGUAACAUUUUAUACAAGAAAAGCUGCUCUUGAGGCACAGAAUGCACUGCACAAUAUUAAAACUUUACCUGGGAUGCAUCAUCCUAUUCAGAUGAAACCUGCAGAUAGUGAAAAGUCAAAUGCUGUGGAAGACAGAAAAUUGUUCAUAGGAAUGGUUUCGAAGAAGUGUAAUGAGAAUGAUAUCAGGGUGAUGUUUUCUCCGUUCGGCCAGAUAGAAGAAUGCCGAAUCCUUCGGGGACCAGAUGGGCUGAGCCGAGGCUGUGCGUUUGUCACAUUUUCUACAAGGGCAAUGGCACAGAAUGCAAUCAAAGCCAUGCACCAGUCUCAGACCAUGGAGGGCUGCUCUUCGCCAAUCGUGGUGAAGUUUGCUGACACCCAAAAGGACAAGGAGCAGCGGCGUUUGCAGCAGCAGUUGGCUCAGCAGAUGCAACAGCUCAAUACUGCCACUUGGGGAAACCUCACAGGUCUUGGAGGACUCACACCACAAUAUCUAGCUCUCCUGCAGCAAGCAACUUCCUCCAGUAACUUGGGUGCCUUCAGCGGCAUUCAGCAAAUGGCCGGCAUGAACGCUUUACAAUUACAGAAUUUGGCAACUUUAGCAGCCGCAGCAGCCGCCGCCCAGACCUCAGCUACCACCACCAAUGCAAACCCUCUCUCCACAACGACUGGUGCUCUGGGAGCCCUCACAAGUCCUGUGGCUGCAUCAACUGCUAAUUCCACAGCUGGUGCGGCCAUGAAUUCUUUGACUUCUCUGGGUACUCUCCAAGGACUGGCUGGAGCCACUGUUGGACUGAACAAUAUUAAUGCACUAGCAGGUACCGUAAACAGUAUGGCGGCCCUGAACGGAGGACUCGGCGCUACAGGCCUGACGAACGGCACGGCCGGCACCAUGGACGCGCUCACCCAGGCCUACUCAGGAAUCCAGCAGUACGCGGCCGCCGCGCUGCCCACCCUCUACAGCCAGAGCCUGCUGCAGCAGCAGAGCGCCGCGGGCAGCCAGAAGGAAGGUCCAGAAGGGGCAAACCUCUUUAUUUACCACCUCCCCCAGGAGUUUGGAGACCAGGACAUUCUGCAGAUGUUCAUGCCUUUUGGAAAUGUUAUCUCUGCUAAAGUCUUCAUUGACAAACAGACCAAUUUGAGCAAGUGCUUUGGUUUUGUUAGCUAUGACAAUCCGGUCUCUGCACAAGCUGCUAUCCAGGCUAUGAACGGCUUUCAGAUUGGCAUGAAACGCUUGAAGGUUCAGCUGAAACGCUCCAAAAAUGACAGCAAACCUUACUGAUCUUAACCCCAGAUGCUUACUGCUCUUAUUUUAGCUUUCUUAGGACAUCUCCAUGCCCGUUAGCCCAUCGUUUGCCUAGCAUGUCCCUGUGGCGUCUCAAAAAAAAAAAAAGUUUCAUCGUCCCGUCAUUGUUUCUGAUGUCUUUCUGACCUCACAUCAUAUUUGGUUCUCCUACUGACCUAGUUUGACCUUUGAAAUUUGCAUGUGACCUCAUCUAGCUAUGAAUUCUGGGAAGUCAAUGUGAAAAAACAUUGCUACAUUCAUGCAAGACUGAAAUUUAUUAUUAGAUAAAUUAAUGAUAGGAUUUAAAAACAACCUGUGGCAAAAUGUUUUUUCUUUCUUUCCUUUUUUUUUUUUUUUUUUCAGUAUUAGUUUCUGGUUUUCUUCUUUCCUUGGAGUUUUUGUUUCAUUUUGUUUGGGUUCUUUUGUUUUGGGUUUUUCUCUUGGUUGAUUUUUGGUUUUGUUUUUUUUCAUUUCGUAAAAAAAAAAAUAAAAAAAAAACAGACUUGAAAGUAUUAUACAGGGAUUGGCAUUCUGCCUGGUCACUGGUGACAAUAGCAAUAUGUGUCCAGAGGCACAGAAUGUUGGUUUCUAACAGACUACUUCCAAAACAGUUUAAGAAAUAAAACUGUCUGAUUUUAAGUCUCUAGAGGUCUGUAAUAGUUUUUACAUUUUUCAGGCAGUGUAAAGUUUUUUGAUAAGGCCAUUUUAGGUGGCUCACUUUCUCAUUAAAGUAUAUAUAUAGAACCACUUUUUGUAGAUUAGUAUAAGAAAAUAUUUACCCUGUUUUAGGGCAAAUGCUACCUACUUGUGUCACCUUUUGCUGAACUGACUCACAGUUAGACAAUCCAUGGUUUAAUGCACAUGAAAUUACCUAUAUUUUAUACUGUUUCAAUGUACAGAAGAAAGGUUACUGUAAAAUGUGUUACGUUGGUGCUUCUGUGAAUUAAGUUGUGGUUUCAUCAUGAGUCUUAUGGUCUUAAGUGUUCUAUGUUUAUAAAAAGACAAGUUUAAAAUUGGUUUACUUGAACAACAAGAACAAAAAGAAGAUUCAAAAAAAAAACACAAAAAAAAAAGUUGUUUGCUUAAAAAAAAAUAAUUUCAUGUGAAAAUGAAAAAAUAUUCCAGAAUAAGUUUGUGUUGGCUUGUGACGCAUUGAUGUCAUUUUUUUAUUGUGAACAAUUUAGGUGUGUUUGUGUUCAGCAAAAUGUGAUCAGUUUUUCUUUUAAAGAAAAAAAAAUCAGUGAAACUAUAGUGCCAAAUUCCAAAGGUACUUUCUUCCUAGAGCUUCAGUGUGUUUCUUGUGUGAAGUAAUUUGAUAACAUGGGUAUUUUAUUAUGUGUUUUGUAUAAAUCCCUAAUAUUUAAAGAAAAAAAGAGGUUAAAAAGUUUGUUAACUUGCUAUCCUGUGGUCUUGUUGCCUGAAAUUGUUAUUGUUUGUUAUUUCUCUUUGAUGUUUUUUGUAAAACAUUGUAUAAGUGCCCAUGUUUCACUUUUUUAACCACUCUGCACACAUCAAUGCUGUGAAAGCAAACCUCACUAUGUAUUUUCUUCAUAUUGUAUGGAAACCUCUAAGGUGAGAAAGUUUUGAACUUUUAACCCUUUCCACCCAGAGCUGUCUUGAGUGUUAAUACCUUUUAUACAUUCACCAUUUUGCUGUUUAUUUUUAUAUAUAUAUCUAUAUCUAUAAAUAUAUAUAUACUUAGUUUUUUGUGGUUUAUUUAAUACAUGGUUGAAAUCAGAACAAUGCACAGGGCAGAUCUGAAGGACAAAAAUAUUUUACUGCUGUCUAAAUUUCUUCUGUAUCUAUAACUAAAAUUAUUUAAAACCGUAAUUAACUUGUGGUUUUCCUUUUUAGAUUUUGGGGAUUUUGUCUUUUCUUAAAGAGCUUUUAAUAUGCUGCUGGAAUAUGCUAUUCAGUAUUAAUAAAAUAAAAGAAAAAGAAAACAAUUCUUUAAUUAUCUAUUGUGUGAGCCACUCCCAACCAGGAGCGGUCAAUCCACCAUUUGAAAACCUUGAGGGAAAAAAGAAAAAAAGAAUAAUAAUAUUUUUGUAAUUUAAAUAAAUGAACUUUUGCUUAAAUCAGAUGCACUAGAUCUUCCUGGGUGAAAAUUCAGUGUGCACUGCAGUUAAACUACUUUUUAUGGAUAAAGUUUACAUACACUGUAAUGUUUGGUGUUAUUUGCCAUUAUUUGUCACGGCAAUAUACUGGCUUACUCCUGCAGACACUCGUACAGAGAGGAGUAACUUUACUCGUGCCCGUGGUCCAUGGGAAUAUCUGUGUGACUGGUGUGGGUGUUUGCUGGAGGAAGCUCUUUGUAAGGAGCCAGAAAAGAGAUGCUGGUAGCCCUUUUCACUGCCUUGUAAGUCUGAUUGGGUUGCGUUCCUACCGCACAAACAGUGACCAACAACCAAAUUCGGUUCUUUGCCACCGGUUCAGCAAAUUCAUUGCCAAUCCAAUGUGUGUGAGCAGCAGUACCUGCUACAGGUCAUAAAGUGCCAUAACUUCUUCCACCUCCUAGUUCUAUCUGGUUAUAUCUGAAGCCACCUAAAAUUAAAAACUAAGCCCUAUAUGAGCAACAUCAGCUGGUGCACUCUUGUCUCUCAUCCCCAACUUAAAUGCUUCUUUAUGUAGAGCCCUGGGAUGGAAAGGACUAGCCUCUAGUGAUGCAAAAAAAGUUUCCUUCUUAUAGCACAUGCACUUAUAAAUAAAUGAUCUAUACUUUUCUCACGUUUUUACUACUGCUGGGGCCUUCCUACACCCUUUGAGGGCUAUUUUGUACUACUUGCAGCAAUUGUGCGUAUUCAAAGUAUCAUCUCACGUACGUUAUAUUAUAUAUAUGUACAUAUAUAUAUAUAUAUAAUAUGAGAUCAUCAUUUGGAUUGUUUAGAGACUGUUUCACUAAUUUUUCUCAUUGUACCCACCGUCUAAAUUUCCAAAGCUUUUGUAGAUGCCCUGGUGUGUCCUGUGGGUUUUCCAGUCCGGUUAGAGUAUUGAUGCCUCUGGUCCCUGGGCAGUGUAACUCGACAUCAGGCUGCCCUGAAUUACUCCACAGGACAUUGGCUGAGCAGUGGGAGACAAGGAAUGUUUCUGUACUUCCAGGCAACUGAGAUGAGACAUUGCUUAGAAAAGUGUCCAUCUCUGGAAAAAAAAAAAAUUCAAAAUUCAAAAAUAAAAAAUAAAAUUUAAAUACAAAACCAAAAACCCAAACAUACACGUCCUGGGAGGCAAAUUAUCUACCAGUUCUCUUUCAAAAUAAUGAAAGGAAAAAGCUGCAAGGGUGCAAGGGCCUAAUAAGAGAGGAAGUAAAACAAGGGAAAUUGCUUUACAAAAUUCUAAUCAAAAGACUAGACUAGUUGUUUUAUCAAACAAAUUAGCUAAUUGCAAUGAAAUGGCAGUCCUCAAAGGAGUAACAAGUUCAUCUUUCUUUCACCAUAGGGGUUACAGUUCCUUGGCUUGUGCUACUCUGGAAUCAUUUUACUGUUUCUGUUUUUAUUAUCUUAAGUGCUAAUUAACAAAAGGAAAAAAAUAUCCUGUAGUUUCAUUACCUUUUUGGAUAAUGUCAUACAAAAAGAAAAAAAAAAACAAACCUAUGUAUUUGUGUUUUUUUCGUGCUGUGGGAAUUGUUGUUUGUAGAUUAAUAAUACUAUCAUUUUGUUUAGAAUUACAAACUAGUUUUUAAGUAUUGUCUGAGAAAAGCCAAAGUUAAUGCAAUCUAGUGGAAACUGUAAGACCAUUUGAGUAUUGUUUCUGUUUUAUUGAUGCAUUUGGAUUUUGUUGUUUGAUGGAAUUUGAGCCAAAAAAAAAAAAGAACAAAAAAAAGGCAAAAAAAAAAAAAAGCAGGCUUUCCUAUUUCUACAACUUGAUUGUACUUAUGCAUUUUGUACCAGUGGAACUUUUUAUACUGGAGAUUAAAAAACAAAUGGAAAUUUUUGUGGCUUACUCUCGUGGGCCCCCUCGAUCAUGACUGAUUUUCAAGUUUGAUUUCUGGACGGUAGAAAGAGAGUUGGUUUUGUUUCGAGAAUUCAAAACUUUGGCUUGAUUUCUUUUUUUCCCUUUGCUUAUAUCUAGUGUUUAGAAUUUUGUCUUAACAAAAGCGGUAAGUUUCACUUUUUAUUCUGUAUCGUGCAGUUACACAAUAAGGUAAUUAGAAUUAGGAGUACUCGGUCACUUUGCGUGGAUAAAUGUAUUAGUUAAAACGUUAGGGGUUUGCUUUUUUGCUGUUUAGAUCAGAGUUUUUUCUGAUUCUUCUGUCCUCAUUGUGAACAUAACCGUGUAGUUGAAACAGUCAGACUUAUUUUUGUAACGUAUGUUAUUGUGUGAUGCAGUUUUUUGCUUCUGUCUCCAAUAUUAAACCAUUUUCCUAAUACUUGUCUCUCUACUUUGUGUGUUGUAUUGUUGGUGGUCAUUCUGUGUUGGUAAUACAUCUGCACACCUCACUGUUUCACGUGCCUGUUUUUUUUUUUUCUCUAUUUGUUGGUUGUGUACAAAAGAUACAGUCGAUUCCACCUAAGUGAAUAGCUGAUUGGGGGGCAAAAGAGGAUUUGUACAUUUUAGACAUGUUCUGGUUUCUUUGAUUUUUUUUUUUUUUUUCUCUCUUCCUCCCCCUAGUCAUGCCUUAUCACUUGGAUAAUCUCUUGGAGCAGGAAGCAUUUUAAAUGAGUUUCCUGCAAAGUCCUAUUGAAGGUAGCUUUUGUUAGCCUUCAAACUGCAAAACCUUCUGCACACAAACACACAGAAGACACCUGAAAAGAUUUCUUUCUCUUUUUUUUGCUGUGGCAUUUCAGUCAGUCUGGAAAAUGUGGAUUAUGGAGAUCAUUUGUUCUUAGUUGUUAAAAAAAAAAAAAAAAUACUCUGCCACUACACUGCAGAAGCAUCUGAAACAUUCAAGAAAAGGAGGAUAUAGCCUUGGGAUUUUUUCCAAACUGCACAGUAAUCUGAUGGCAUAUGGCGUUAGUCAAACUCUCCCUAGAAACUAAUCAUGUCUUAACUAGAGCUGGGAGAGCCUGCAAAAUCUUACCAGGUGAUCGAGCUUGUUAUGUGCAGUUGUACAUACAAUACUUUAAAAUAUAUAGCAAAAUCCAAGUGAGCACAGGAAGACUUUCUUACUAAAGCCAAUGGAAGUAAAAAAAUAUAUAUAAAAAUUUAAAACAAAAAGGAGAAAUAAAUUAUGGAAAAAAAGAUCCCCUGUUGUUCCAAUGGGUGAGAUUUUUGCUGUGGGCUUACAAAGCAGAUCAUUCUCAGCAUUGGCUGAUAGUAUUACACAAAUCUCAAAAGGGACUAAAGAAAUACCACAGCACUUUUUUUUCUCAUUAUUUUUUACACUUGGCUCUUAGCUUUUUUAUUCUAUCCUUUCCUAUAAUUUUUUCCUCCUCACAAGAUUCUCUCUGCUCUCCCCCAACCGGUGUCUACCACGAUGAAAUAAAAGCUGCAAAAGAAAAAUCUAUAUUGUUCUGGUUUACAGAAAGUCUCUUCUCUCCUCUGAUCGCAGAUACAAACCUUACAAUUUGGAGAGGGGGGGGAAAAAAAAAACAAAACAAAACCAACCAAACCAAACCCAAGGAGGAGAGAGAAGCACUGGUGAGUGCUCUCUGGAAUUCAAGCCAUACGCCCCCAUCCCUUUCCUUUGUCCCACUUUCUGUGAUGCUCAGGAAUCGAAGACCACUUAAAAGUGCUCUUAUGAGACCCAAACGACACUCCUCCCUCUUGUCUCCUCUCCCCUGGUCUUUCUGGCGCUCUGGCUUUGGCUCACACACACACACAGCCCCAUCAAUACCGUCCAACAAGGUCCUGGCGCACUGGGUGUAUCCGUGUGGUGUCAGCAGCAACGUUGGUUCCUGCCUUUGGAAGACUUUUGAAAUUUUCUGGUGGCUUGUGAGUUGGCCUGGUUGUUACUGCUAGAUCUAUUUUUCUGAAAUUAUUUUUUUUCCUUUUUUUCACUUUUCUGUUUCCAUGAGAAGCAAACUAGUGAUGAGCCUGGAGUGUCCAAUGAGCUCCAGUGCCAUCCCACAGGGUCUGUUAUCAGAGGUCAGGGGUCCAAGCAGCUCUAGGUUUAACCUAAAACCACAGGAGCCUGUAGCAGACAGCCGAGGCAGAAAAGCAGAACCUGAUGGUCAGAUUAUAUCCUGGGUCUUUGACACCUUUAGAGUUUAUGAUCUCGAUUUGGAUAAUUUUGACACCAGUGGAUUCAGUUAAGUAAGUCUUGGCUUGCAUGAUGGAUAAAUCAGAAUUGCUCUCUGGGCUUUUUUAGCUUGUUGUGGAUGUUUCCUUUUUUUUCUUUUCUCUUUUUUUCCUCCAAACUUGGUCUUAGGAAAGAAACUAGAGCUUUGUGAAGGGUCUUUUCUUCCAAAAAUACAACUGAAAAAAAAAAGACUUAUACUGCAGUUAGGUUUCUUUUAAAUACUCAGGGCUGAAAGAUACAGGGUUUUCUUUCUUUCUUUUUUUUUUAAUUUCAACAAUGGGGGGAAAAUGAGUUCCUUAAAGCAAUGCAGCUGAACAGUUUGUCCUGCUUAAACACAUGCUUUUAAUUUCAAUUAUGUAAGGCACCUUGCAGUGUUAGCAAAAUGUCUCUUUGUUAGCUAUAUGUGUAUCGCCAUGGGAAAUUACCAAACUGUCACAAGACUCGCUGAUUAAAGAAUAGCCUGCCAGAGUGUGUGUGCCUUUGCCCAGUGUGACUCUUAGGUAUUAGGCUAAGGAAAACAGUUUAACAAAAUGUAGUGUGAAUCAUUCCUGAUAAGUGAAUAAAGCAUUGUGACCAAGCAAUCAGAUUAUUCACUUAUCAGGAAUCGACUGUACUGAUAGUUUGCCUGAUCGUUUUUGUUCCUCAUCUCUGUUGUAGUUUCACUACUUUGCUGUGUUCUGUUUUUUCUCUCAUGCUCUUAGUAAAAUCACUGGGAAUAUCCCUUCGUGUGAUCAUGAAACGUGCUACUGAGUAACAAAUAAAAAAAAAUUAAAUAUAAAAAUGAUAUCUUAACAAAAUCUAUGCACUUGCUAUCAGGAACACAAUACUGGAUGUGUCUUAUAUAUAUUGAACUAUAAUAGUAUUCGAUUUCUUAAAUAAAGCUUAAGAAAGGA